AGGGGGCGGUGUUGCACAUGAAGCGCCGCUCGACCGCCGCCGAAGAAGCGACUCGCCCUCGUGUGUCGUCGCUGCUGCAGCGGAGGAGAGUUUGGGGUUCGCUCACCGGACACACUUCCAUCGGUGCUGCCUUGCUCACCGGAUUACUAGGUUGCCAUGGCCUCCUACACGUGCAUCAGCUGCCGAGUGGCUUUUUCAGAUGGCGAAGUGCAGCGAGCACACUACAAAACCGACUGGCACCGCUACAACCUAAAGCGCAAGGUGGCCGACAUGCCCCCCGUCACUGCUGAAAACUUCCAGGAGCGCGUCCUGGCGCAGAGGGCUGCCGCCGAACAACAUCUGACUGAGUCAUUGAGCACAGAGGGCUGUGCCGUCUGCAACAAGAAGUUCUCCAGCGCCAACGCCUACCAGAACCACCUGCAGUCCCACAAACACCAGCAGGCCGAGAAGCAGGCGUUGCUAGCCUCCCAGAAGGAAGUGGAGAGGAUGAACGAGAAGAACCUGGAGAAGGGACUUGGUGAUGAGAAGGUGGAUCACGAUGCCAAGAACGAGGCCCUGCAGCAAGCCCUGAAAGAGCAGCAGAGGUCGAGUCUGGCCAAGCAGGGGAAGGCCCAGACGUCACAAGGAGUGACAAAGGAGAGGACAGAGAGGCCGGACAAACCUCCCCGCAUGAUGUGGCUGGAGGAGCAAGCCAAGAGGCAAGAGAGAGAAGAGGGAGCCACAGCUGAGGGAGAAGAGUGGGAGGACAUUGACCAGGAGGAGGAGGAGGAGGAGGAGGAUGAUGAGAUGGAGGACUUUGAAGAGGAAACGAUGGAUCAGGAGGAAGAAGACUCUGCGGCUCUGUCUGACCCCCCCCCAGCUGGUUUGCCAGGCUCCAUCCCCGACACCGACUGCCUGUUCUGCUCCCAUCACUCAAAGUCACUCUUGAAGAAUGUCGCCCACAUGACCAAAGUCCACAGCUUUUUCAUCCCCGAUGUGGAGUUCCUUGUGGACCUCAGGGGCCUGAUCCGUUACCUCGGAGAAAAGGUUGGUGCCGGGAACGUGUGUUUAUGGUGUAACGAGAAGGGGCGUUCGUUUUAUUCGGCAGAAGCAGUACAGAGUCACAUGACAGACAAAAGCCACUGUAAGCUCUUCACUGACGGCGAUGCUGCUCUGGAGUUUGCCGACUUCUAUGACUUCAGGAGCAGCUACCCUGACAGCAAGGAGGGUGAGGAUUUAGAAAUGAUCAAAGAUCUGCCUGACGACAAAGACCUGGAGUACGACGACGAGACGCUGGAGCUGACUCUGCCGUCAGGUGCCAAAAUCGGCCACCGCUCCCUCAUGAGGUACUACAAACAGCGAUUUGGAGCUCAGCGAGCGGUGGUUCUCAGCCACAAUAAGAACGCUGUUGGCCGAGUCCUCCGGCAGUACAAAGCGCUGGGCUGGGAUGGAGGCAACGGCUCGUUCCAUCGGAACCAGAGAGACAUGAAGUACGUACAGAUGAUGAAGUCAAAAUGGAUGCUGAAGAUGGGCAUGAACCACAACUCCACCAAGCAGAAGCACUUCAGAAUCCAAAUCAUGUUCUAAACUGUCUGCGGGGAAACCGGACGUGGUGUGAGACCGUGGUACGGUCACAUCUUUGCUAUUUUCCAGGCAACAAGACUGAGUGCAGAAUCGAGCACAGCUGCAAACGUUAUGGUUCCGCGCACUGUGGCAGAAAGAACCAUCAAACUUUCACAUCAGCCAGAAUCUGUCAUGAUCUAAUGUGUUAUGUUGAUUUGAGGUUUGACAACUGCAGCAGAAAGUUGAAUGGGCAUAACUUUUUAGAAUUCUCAUACGUAGUGAAGUUACCGUCCCUUUUUUACUCUCGUGUUCUAUCCCUGAGCGCAAAGUGUAGGUCCACAGGAAAUCUGCUCGAAAUGAACUUGUGAUUGGACGACAAGGGAAAAGAUCUCAUCAACUUCACUAAGCAACCAUUUGUCACAAAUUAUUUAGAAUCUAUAUGUACAACUGCUGCAGUUUGUCUAUAUUAAGGAGUUCGACCAAUGACAGAUUAGAUCUUUAUGAUUCAGAAUGCUCAAAUAAUGCAUCCAACUAAAUACAUGUUUCAUAUUUAUUGGAUACAGUAGUCUUCUUAAAUGGGAACUAUUUAGCUCUGUUUUACAUUUUGUUUGCCGGUGCAGGAACCAUUAAGAAAUAAAACUUAGCAGCUAUGAA